UCAAAGAAGAAGAAGAAGACAAUGAGAUAAAGGAGCACGCGACGAAGAAGGACGACGACAUCCGCUUUGUCGCACAACGACGUUGCUUCGUGAACGAGUGGUCGGGUUCUCCUAACAUCUCGUUUGACUUUAUUCAACCCACGUUCUCACUCAUCGUCGUUUGGACUCCUGUUCGUUGAAGCGCCAACAUGUCGGACGAAGGUAAACUGUUCGUCGGAGGACUGAGCUUUGAGACCAACGAGGACUCUCUGAGUGCGGCCUUCAGCAAAUAUGGAACCAUCGAAAAGGCAGAUGUGAUCCGAGACAAAGAGACGGGCAAAUCCCGCGGUUUUGGCUUCGUGAAAUUCGACAACGCAGAAGACGCCCUCGACGCACUAAAUGGCAUGAACGGUAAAACCCUGGAUGGUCGGUCAAUUCGAGUCGAUGAAGCCGGAAAGGGAGGCCGCUCCAGGGGAGGUUUCAGUGGACCACGAGGAGGAGGAGGAGGAGGCCGCGGAGGAGGCGGAUUUGGCGGGCGUGGAAGAGGCGGCGGCGGAUACGGCGGAGACCGCAGCUACGGCGACAGAAGCUACGGUGAUCGAAGCUUCGGUUCCGAAGGCAGGUUCUCCGGCGGCAACCAGUACAGGAGUAGCGGCGGGAGCGGCGGAGGAGGAGGCGGCAGCGGCGGCGGAUACUCGAGCUACCGCGACAACCGGGGCCAGGGCGGAUACGACCGCGGCAAUUCCUACCGCGAUAGCUACGACAGCUACGCUGCUAACGAGUAACCCUCACCCCGAUUCAAGAUCACCACCUGGCUGGCUCUAUUUCUAAGAUGCGCUCCUCGAGAAAAAUGUCCACGUUUUAUUGCUGAAUUUAGUUUUUGUAGUUCUGUUGUAGUAGCCUCAGAGUGUUGCUAGCCAUGAGCUAACCCACGUUACAAAUUCCAGUUCCGGACUCUUACUUUGCUUCAUUGGGCUCUGUGUAAUCUGAUUAGUACUGUAAGUCGCCCAACGAUGUCCUAAAGACUGCUCUCCACGUGGCCACUACCAUCGCUCAAGACUUUAUCAAACACUUGGUUUCCUGAUUCCGUAGUUAUUUUUGUUUCACUUUUUUAUUGUAAUGUCAGUUUUUGUUUUCCCUUUUGCUUAUUCUCAGUGGCCGACCUACUUCUUGCCAGGUUUUAAAGUGAGAAAUCCGAAUUGCUCAGAAAGACUUUUGGUGAAUUUUAUACUAAGUUGCUUUUUACUAUUAAAAAAAAACUUAGUCCAGCUGUCCAGAGUGAAUGCCUUUUGGACUGGAAUACCGAAGUCUGUCCAGGUUCUUUUGUGCUAGGCUCACCAUCUGCGUUUGAAAUGUGCUGUGAAAUGGACUGACCUUGUUUAAGUGACAGAAAAAUGUAACUUCGUUUCCCCAAAGUAUUAUUUCACCCUGGAAGUUUUGUACUAUUGUGGUCUUUGUAUGACAUUUUCUUUUUGGCUUCAUGGAGCCUAUUAAACAGACUGUGGACAGAAAAAUUCCACCUCUUUUCCUUCAA